AUGCCCAAUCCUUCGCCACCAUCCUCGGCCUCCUCAUCUGUCGAGCGCCAGUACCAUGCAAACGGCAGGGCGGCCGUGGUCGCCUCCCGCGAGAGGGGCUCGGGAACACCGCGAAAGGAAAAACAGGGCCCAAGGGAGAGUUCUGCGCUGCAGGACCCUGGUUUGAAAGAUUAUCGCUUAGGAGAGUGCCUCGGAAAGGGAGCUUUCGGGUCCGUCUACAAGGCAUUCAAUUGGGGAACCGGCGAAGCUGUCGCCGUUAAGCAGAUCAAGCUCGCUGACCUGCCCAAGAGCGAGCUGCGCAUGAUCGAGUCUGAAAUCGAUCUUUUGAAAAACUUGCAUCAUGACAACAUUGUCAAGUACAUUGGCUUCGUCAAGUCGGCCGACUGUCUCAACAUCAUUCUGGAGUACUGCGAGAACGGCUCUCUUCACUCGAUAUGCAAGUCAUACGGCAAGUUUCCUGAGAAUUUAGUCGGCGUCUACACGACCCAGGUCUUGCAGGGCUUGCAGUACCUUCAUGACCAGGGAGUCAUUCAUAGGGAUAUCAAAGGAGCCAAUAUUCUCACGACCAAGGACGGCAAGGUCAAACUCGCGGAUUUUGGAGUCUCGACAAGCACUCUCGCUGGAGGACAGGACAAGGAGGCCCAGGUUGUCGGCACUCCUUACUGGAUGGCGCCCGAGAUCAUCCAGCUUUCCGGCGCCAGCCCUGCGUCUGAUAUCUGGAGUGUGGGGUGUACCGUCAUCGAGCUGUUGCAGGGCAAGCCGCCGUACCACAACCUUGCCGCCAUGCCCGCGCUUUUCGCCAUCGUCAACGACGACCAUCCCCCGUUACCUGAGGGCAUCUCACCGGCGUCUCGGGACUUUUUGAUGCAAUGUUUCCAGAAAGACCCCAACCUGAGAGUGACGGCGAGAAAACUCUUACGGCACGCGUGGAUCAUCGGAUGCCGAAGAAGCGACGCACCCGUUUCCAAGGCCCCAGCUAAUUUCAGCCAAGCGGUGGAGGAGGUAAAACAGUGGAACAAGGCCCUCAAGUCCUCCGAGAGCUCACUAAGAGUGUCCACCGGUUCCGACAGCGGAUUUCCUGGCAUGCAAGGCCAUCCUGGCGCAAGAUUUGGCGCCAAUGAACCGCACCGGCCGAGCCUGAUCACUCAGCCCAAGGGGCCUUUGGCCCUCGCGAAGCCGAGAAGGACCCCCGAAGCCUUCAGAUCUCCCGAGCUUGCUAACGACGACAACUGGGACAACGACUUCGCGACGGCCAUCUCACCAAGCGCACUGCACUUGCCUCACCUUAAGCCCCAGGACAACUUUGGUGGUCUGCUCUCUGCCGACAAACUCAAGGCCUUCGCUUCAAUUACAGACCCUCGAAACGAUUCUGAGAGCUACGAUGACGACUUUGAGGGUGAGCUGUUGACGAUCAAGGGGCCCCGGCAGUUCGCCGACUUUGAGCUUCAGGAGCAAACAAUACGUCCAAUGUCCCGCAAGAAGAGUGACAAGUACGCAGAACCCAUGAAACAACAGCAGCAGCAAUCACAACAACUGCCGGCAAAGUCCAGCCCGCGAAAGACGACGCAUUCCAGAAAUCCUUCCCGCCCCAAAUCCCCCAGCAAGCCUCAGCUUGGCCCUGGCAGAUUUGAGAUCCCCGCUCCCCCAGACCUGGCGUACAGAGAACAGAAUACCGAAGACUACUCGGAUUUGUUCCUUGAAAACGACAGUGUCUUCAACGACAACGAACUGAACCCAUUUGUCAAGAAGGCCGAUUCUCCUCAGCUCUUUCAUCCUUCGGAUCUUACAAGUCUGCCUCGUUCGACACAGUCACCCGUGGCAGGGGGCUCAAGGCGGCCACCUAGCGCGAAACUGCGCCCCUCCGUAUUGCCAGAUCGCCCAAUGCGAAGAACCAGGUCGUCCAUCGAGAUACAAAAGUUUGCCGAAGACGAGGGCGACGAGGACUUCUCUGACAUCUUCGGACCCGAGGAUGCGGUCACAGAGAGGGAAGAGAGCGACAGGGGCUCGGAGGACGGCGGCCUGAUGGUGCUCUCGAAAUAUUCGAACAACUCGUGGCUGGGCGAUGACGAGGACGAAGACGACCCCUUUGCUUCCAUGGAUCCAGGGUGGGACGAGAUGGAUUUGGAAGCAAAUAUUGCCAGGGACAGACACGCGAGACUGGCAGGCAAGGUCGAAGGACUCGUGCGCUCCCUGAAGACCUCGGAAGGCGAAGAGAAGCUUUGCGAGCUGGCCGAAGACUUGCUUGCCUUGCUUUGGGAGAAUACCGAGAUAAAAGACUUGAUUCUCAGUGCUCAUGGUCUGCUGCCCAUUCUGGAAAUUCUUGAGCCUUGCACGGUCAAGAGCAGGCAACAGAUGAUCCUGUCACUUUUGAAGGUCGUCAAUACUAUCAUUCUGGACGAUGUCGAGAUCCAGGAGAAUCUUUGCUUCGUCGGUGGCAUUCCGAUCAUCACUAAAUUUGCAGCCCGCCAAUACUCCAACGAAAUCAGGCUGGAAGCAGCCGCUUUCGUACGCCAGAUGUACCAGACUUCCACAUUGACUCUGCAAAUGUUUGUCAGCGCUGGUGGUCUGAACGUGCUUGUCGAGUUCUUGGAUGAAGACUUUGAUGAUGCGCGAGACCUCGUCCUGAUCGGCGUUAAUGGCAUCUGGAACGUCUUUGAGCUUCAAGGACCUACUCCGAAGAACGAUUUCUGCCGCAUCUUCUCGAGAAGCAAGAUCCUGUACCCGCUUGCUCUGGUGCUCCAUAGAGUGCUCGACGAAGAGGGCGAAGACGAUCUUUCCGAGCUCAUCGAGGGGCGAAUUGUCAACAUAUUCUACCUAUUUUCCCAGGCUGAAAACUACGUCAAGGAGGUUGUCGCUGACCGACAAGUAUUGAAGAGCGUUUUGAAGGACUUGCGACGAAUGACGCCGAACCACCAGAUCACGAUGCUCAAGUUCAUUAAGAACCUCUCGAUGUUGUCGACGACGAUAGAAACGCUCCACACCGCUGACGCCAUUGAGUUCCUGAUUGAUGUUCUUGGCUACAGUAUGAAAAAGGGGCAUAAUCACUUCCGAGAGAUAUCCAACCAAGUUUUGAACACCUUGUUCAACCUGUGUCGCCUGAGUAAGGAGCGUCAGGAAGACGCAGCCGUUGGCGGCAUCAUCCCCCUGCUCAUGAAGAUCAUGCAGACCGAUCGCCCUCCAAAGGAGUUCGCCUUGCCUAUACUGUGCGAUAUGGCGCACUCGGGGAGCAAGGGCCGAAGAUAUCUGUGGCAAAAUAAGGGGCUGGAUUUCUAUGUCUCUCUUCUGGCGGACCAAUACUGGCAGGUCACGGCACUGGACGCUAUCUUUAUCUGGCUUCAAGAGGAAACAGCAAAAGUUGAAAGCCAUCUUCUGGAUGGGAAGUUUACAGACGCGAUUGUCGCCUGUUUCCAUACUAACAAAGUCAACUCAUUCGACGCCAACCUCUUGGAGCCUCUGCUGAAGCUUCUGCGGCUGAGCCCUUCCAUUUCAGGAUCGCUUGCGAAACCCGAGAUGUUUGCUGGCAUUGGUCAGAGACUGGGCCACAAAAAGGCCGUCGUUAGACUUAACUUGCUACGUUUGGUGCGCAACAUCAUGGACGCCUGUGACCCAGAGAUGCUGGGCAUGGGCAAUGGUAGCAGCUCUUUGAACGUCAAGCAAGUCAGAUCUCUGUUCGACGCCAUCCAAAUGUUGGCAGAGAAAGACACGGCUGUGCUCGUUCGCAACCUGGCGUCAGAGUUGGUCAAGUCGCACAACGAGAGCGAGCUAUACGACAUGGCCUCGGAACGCAACGGGUCGUCUGGGUCGGUGGCAUCCCGACGCUCGGGAUCCGGGCCCAGGCGGAAAUCUUCAUACACGCCGCCAGGCCUUCAUCACGCAAUGUCGAUGCCUGCCACGCCCACGCAGCCACAGUCCCGUCAUCAUCGGCUAUCUCAAAUACCACCAGGAUCCGGCGGCGCGUACAUCGAGGUGGCCGCAAGCCCACGGCGGACGGCUGUGCAGGAGCGGGAGGCCAUUCUUUACCGCCCACGUAGCAGAGACGGGGCCACGAGCAUUCCCAGACGGGUGAGCGGCGAGAUGUCGUCAAGCAUGCCUACCGGGCCAUCAUCAGGAAAAAGCAGAUUGCCUCGCCAUUCGUUCGCGAGACCUAGCAGCUCGUCCGGACAGCCUCCACUGGUGAGGUCAGAGAGUUCCUUGUCAAAUAAAGAGAACAUGGGCAGAACCACUUCGGCCAUAUCAGCACCUGCGGCAGCAUCGCCAGCUCUUCCGACGAGCAUGGCUAACAAACGGCGAAGCAGGGCUCCGAGCUCGGACGUCAAGUGGUCUUCAUAG